AUUUUCUUGCAGACAGUUCCAUUAAAAACAGGGAAUUAUUUUGAUAACAAUGUUCUGCCUUUCUCUGCUUUUCUCACUGAUAACUAUGGCAGACAACAUACGUAUCUACGGAUAUCUUUAACGGAAAGAUGUAAUUUUCGAUGUAAGUUCUCAGAAGAACUUCAUCUCCUGAAACAAUAUGGUUUGGAAUUUAUUACUAUGACAACCAAUGGUGUGAUUCUUCAUCGAGUUGUGGAGAAGUUAAAAGAAGCUGGCUUAGAUUCCCUGAAUGUCAGUCUUGAUAGUUUAAUGCCACACAAGUUUGCUUUCAUUACCAGAAGGAAUUGUUUAGAUAGAGUCUUAGAGAAUAUAAAGGGUGCUUUGGCAGCAGGAUUUUCUCCAUUAAAGAUCAAUUGUGUUGUUAUGAAGAACCUCAAUGAUGAUGAAAUCUGUGAUUUUGUGCAGUUAACAGAGAAAAUGAAUAUAGAUGUACGAUUUAUAGAAUACAUGCCUUUUCAAGACAACAAAUGGAAUUUGAAGAAAAUGGUUCCUUACAAAGACAUGUUGGAAAUUAUUAAAAGAAAAUGGCCAAACAUAUCAAAACUUAAAGAUAAACCUAAUGAUACAUCAAAGGCAUUCAAAGUUCCUGGAUUUGAAGGUCAAAUAGGUUUUAUUACUUCCAUGUCAAACCAUUUCUGUGGUUCCUGUAAUCGUUUAAGACUUACGGCCAAUGGAAACCUCAAGGUUUGUCUUUUUGGAAAUGAAGAAAUAUCUUUGAAAGAUAUGAUUCGAGAAAAUGCUUCUGGGCAAGAAAUCCUGAAGCAUAUAGAAUUUGCUGUGAAACGGAAGCAUAAACAACAUGCUGGUGUUCAUAGUAUAAAGAACAUGAAAAACCGCCCUAUGGUUCUAAUUGGUGGUUGAGUGAUACUCAAUUUAUAUUAAAGGUAAUUUAACAGAUUUAAUAAGUCUAUCAAGAAGAUUCUUUGCAGAAAAGCUCCUAUGGAGAUUGACAUGAAUUCUUUGUAAUUAAAAUAUAGUUUUACACAAAUA